AUGGCGCGCGUGCACUGCAUCUCGCCCGUGCGGCUGUACCGGCACUCGUUCCUCGGCGGCGUCAUCCUCCUCCUCGCGCUCGUCCUCCUGUGCGCCGACUUGGCCAUCAUCGGCAUGAGGGCCUACGCGUUCAACACUCUGCAGCGUUGGAGCCUCGAGGACGGCAUCGCAGGGCUCGACGGCCUUGCCUACUCGCUCCUGGUCGCGGUCCUGUGGCUCAUCACCAUGGCCUUCCUUCUCGUCGACGUCGUCACGGCGCUGCUGCUGCCGUCGCGGGACCUGCAGGAGGGCGCCGUCAUCGCGUUCGGCAUCAUCUCGAUCAUGCAGGUGCCGAUCGUCGCGCUCUACCUCAAGUGGGAGCUGAGCCUCACCAACGGCGUCUGGGUCCAGCGAGCCUGUACUGCCGUCGCCCACUCGACCGACUGCACUACCUGGUACUCGCGCGUCCGCCUCGUCUCGAUCGUCUCGUCGUCCAUCGCGACCGGCGUGCACCUCCUCCUCGUCGCGCUCUGCGCGCGCUACGUCCACACGCGCCCGGCCAAGCUGUACGAGCCGCAUCGAGCCAAGAAGCAGCACUCGAAGACGGCGAGCGAGCGCAGCAAGAAGGGCGGCGCCGGGCGCCUGCGCGGGCUCGAGCGCGAGUUUGCCCGGCUCGAGGACAAGCUCGUGCGGCACAAGAAGCCGUCGCGCAAAGCCGGCGCGGCGCAGCAGCUCGGCGAAGGCCUGUCGUCGGACGGCGCGGGCGGUGCGCAGCCGGUCGCGGGCCGCCUCUCGCGGUCGUCGAGCCGAGCGUCCACGACUCUGCCGCCGUACGACCCGCCGCACGCAGCGGGCGCCGUGCACACCGACUCGGACUCGGAGAUCGAGGACAAGAAGCUGCUGACGGGUCGGUCGGGCGUCUGA